AUGAACCAACUUGAUAAACUUAAUUAUAAAGAAAGCAAACUGAACAUUCCUAUCUACGCAACAUUGGAGGAGUGCCUCAGCAGUUUGGGGUACACAUUCAACUAUGAUGUCAUUGGUUUUGGAAGACGAUGCGAAGUCGUGAAGGCCUGGUCAGAGAGAAACAAGAAACAAGUCGCCGUGAAAGUUAUCGAUAAGCUAGCAAUCAACGACAAUGAUUACAAAAUUAAGCUGACCGAAGAAUUGUCACUAUGGUCGAAAUUAUAUCACCCCAACGUUAUUGAGUUGAUAGAAUACGCAAAUAACUGCAGAUGGACAUUUUCUGUCAUGGAACUGGCGUUAGAAGGUGAUUUAAACACUUGGCUGAGAACUCAUGUGAAAUCUCCGAGCGCUGAUCAGGCGAGAAUGUGGGUGCAGCAGAUAACCAAUGGGUUGCACUAUUUGAAGUUACUCGGUUACUCGCAUGGAGACGUGAAACCAUCCAAUAUUUUAGUUUAUCACAAAACAUUGAAAGUAUGCGAUUUUGAUUGUUCAAAGAUACUUGACGGCAAAUUGAGUGAGGUUUUCUGCGGAUCUUUCGGUUACAUUGCUCCCGAAGUUUUUCGAAAAGAACCAUACGAUCCAGAAAAAGCUGACGUGUGGUCGUUAGGUGUGACGGCCUAUGUUGUGACGACGAACGAAUGCAACAGCGAAAAAAACUUUCCUCAAACGUUUGUCUUCAAACUGAAAAAAAACUGGGACGCAUUUGUACCAAAAGAUGCAAGAUCCCUACUAAAAAGAAUGUUGACUAGGAAUGCAGAUAGUCGCUGUGACAUGGAGCACGUGGUCCACCACAGGUGGUUCACGCCAGAACACAACAUCGAGGCAGAGUAA